GGGGAAUACACCGCGCGGCGUCGUGUUCCUGAACGCCGGCCCGCGCGGGCUGCUCGCGCUGGGCCUGUUCUGCGUGUGCUUUCUAGUGUUCGUGGCGUGCGGGGACCAGCUCUACUGGGUCGUUUUCUACGCCCUGGGUGUCAAAGCUUCGAUGAACGGCGCUUUUUAUCUAAUCAACACUUGCGAGACGAUUCCGCGAUCGGCGAACGAGGAUGAUUUUCUAGAGGCUGAGGUCUGAGUCUCGUUUGGGAAUUGGGGCUCGAUUGGGACGCUACACGUGAUCCGGACCGGCUGUAGAAGAGAUCUACGAAGAUCAACUUUCUGUCGACCAGCACUCCUUGCAUGGGGCUAGAGUCCAUCGGCGUCUACCAGAUAUACCCAAUUUUACGAUAAUACAUGUUUAAUUGUUC